ACUUUAGCAUACACUCACGCACCGCAAGAAAUAAUGCUCUUUACAUUUGUCAUAGUUGCGUUGGGUGAAUCAGAACGAGUACCUUUGAUCGGUCGAAACUAAGGUCAUUUUCAUUGUCAGCCCAAAAUUUACGUUCGCAGGACAAACUAUUCUGCUCCUUAGCAUACUGAUACAUAGUCAUUUGACGGUUUUCAACUGCAGAUUUAUAGUAAGUUAGUAAGUAGCCUACACCAUGCCUAUCGUCGAAUUCGUCACCAAUGUCCCCGUCGACCAGUUCCCCGAGGGAUUCGUGGCCCGUGCCGCUACUAAAGUAUCUGAAGUGCUUGGAAAACCACUUCCAGCUAUUUCAAUCUCCUUACGUCACGAGGCCAUGUUUCGAAUGGGGAGCGACGCCCCUUGUCUCAUGAUUUUCGCCGCCAGCGUCGACAACUUCACUGACCAAGAGGACAACAGGAAGUAUUCAAAGGAGCUCAUCGACUUCGCCGCUGCUGAGUUCAACGUCCCAAUCGAAAGAAUCAACCUGAUAAUGCAGACGCUGUCUCGGUGGCAGAUCGGACUUCCAGGUGGCGUGCUUCUCGGUGACAGGAUGAAACAAACCAAAUGAAGACCCAUUACACUCAACCUCGAACGCGCGCACUCUCAGCCACUGCAAUUUGAAAUGUAUCAAUUACGGAAUCCCGUAUCUUCCAAACGUUUUGAGAGAACUGUUUAUUAACCCGUUGCAAUAUUAAUAUUCAUAAGUCGCCAAUUGGCCACAUGCACGUGAUAUACAUCUGAGGUCAAUGAGGCUGUAAUUCUCCGGGAGGGUACAAAUAUAUCAAAUAACUUUGUUUAAUUAUUCUUGAAGGAAUUGUUUUCUUAUAAAGAGUUGAAUCUUUCAAUGUUUUUCAGUUGUGCAACUGAUUUCAUUUUUAUUUUGCUUCUUCUUCUAUUUGCAAGAAGUAUACAGUACAAAAUAUUCAUUUAGGUCUUCAGGUUUUUUUUUUUUUUUUGGGGGGGGGCGCAAUUAAGAUAACGGCAAACGCUAGUUUGCCCGACCUUGCCUGAUAUUGCAAUUUUUUAUCAUUCGUUUCUGUUGCCACCAGUAAUCAUUUUCAUAUCAGUCGCAUUUACAAGUAUGUUCAAUAAAAUGAUUUGGUUUAAAA